GUUUUCCGGCAAAUUGAGCUUCCGGAGGAGCUGAAACGCCUUGAAUGUUUACGAGUGAAAUUACGUGUGCAACGGUAUCAUUUUGUGGAGGCAGUUUCUAACAACACUGAUGUGUUCAAUCUGCAUACCUUGGUAAGCGUGAAAUUGCGUGAUUAUGAAGAAGUAAUUCAGGAAGCAGCAGAAGCGGGUCUCCUGAUCAGCUUUGUAACAGAUAUUAUUGAUCAUGAUGGUCGCUCGGAAUUGCCACCCAUUGUGACGGAGAGGUGGAGCAUUCUCCAGGCAGUUUUUUUCGCCAGCACCGUCCUUACGACAAUCGGAUAUGGCAAUGUUGUACCCUCAACCAACUGGGGAAGAAUCUUCUGCAUCCUCUUUGCUUUCGUUGGUAUACCUCUCACUCUGAUAGUGAUUGCCGACUGGGGAAAGCUAUUCGCGAGUGCAGUAGUAUACAUUGCGCUGAUGAUGAAGUCGAAACUUCCGUUUCGCGCGAAGCUUUCAUGUAUUCCGACGAACGUGGCUGGUCGUCGAUCACUUGGUGCUUGCGCCGCUAUCGUACUGCUCUUUCUAUAUCUCGCCUGUGGUGCUGGUAUGUUUAUGUUGUGGGAAGACGAUUGGAAUUUUUUUGAUGGAUUUUAUUUCUGUUUCGUGACUAUGACCACCAUAGGUUUCGGCGAUCUUGUUCCGAGUAAGUAAUAAUCUUUAUCCUCCGAAGAGGUGUAUGCACAGAAUUACUAUUCGUUAAUUACAUACUUUAUGUGUAAAUCUUGAUAAUUUCGAAUCAUAUCAAUAAGAUUUCUGAUUUUUAUAACUA